AUGCCAAUAGACACUAUUAAAGCGGUGAAUGCCCUCGAAAUACACCUCGUGAUCCAAGCUUCAACGGUGCAGCACAUGAGGCAUCUGAAUCGAUUGCUAUACGUCACCAUCGUGACAAGUUUUGACAUUUAUGAUAUGGGUCGCAAUCAGAAUAACUAG